CCGUAGUGGCUUUCCACCAACGCCAGCCACACAAAGUAUGAAGGUAUUUUAAUCCUGUUUUUAUUUUUCAGAAGGCAAUUCGUUCUUGCACACCCAUUAUGGCAAAUGCUUCUAAUGUUAAAGUCUCCUAUAUGUGUGUAUUUAAUACGACCUCCGACGUCUUUAGUUGCACAAGAGUUUGGUUUUAUUUACCUGUAUAUCUAUAUUUGGAAUGUCGAGAAUUUUCGUUAUGAAUAUUUCAACUUAAGAUACCAAAAAGAAGCGAAUCAUAUUGUACUUGGUAGUUUAAUGCGAUUGUGAUGGAAAAAAACGUAUGCUUGCGUUCAAUCGUAUGCUGUUCUUGCGGUGGAAAUGUAAACCAAACCGACGAUCAUAAAGUGACUUUAAAUGAACAAUUACCUUUGACAGAACAACCGAAAGAUCGUAGAUCAAACGGAAAAGGAAAACCUACAGAUAGUUUACUAGAUUCUCAGCCAACACCUAAAGAACAUCGGGCACCACAGGAUGCAAAUCGGAAGGAAGAUUCCAGACAAAACUCUGUGACCAACAAUAUUACUGUACUGAUUACACACCAGCAUACUGCACCUGCAACAACCGGAUCAAUCAGUGAUGAACCCGAAAGAACGCAACACAGUGACAAACAAAGCGACGGAAAAUUAAAUGAGUUUGAACCGAUCGUAACAAACCCACAUGGUGAUGUUCAAGAAGACACCGAACGAGUGUCCCAAGCGGUUCAAGAAAGCGACACUAGUCAAGAAGACGAUGAAAAACCAGUCAUUACAGCACCAGAGGAUGAUGGUGAUGUGGAAAUCCCCGUUACCGUGCAAGGACAUGUGACAGCAAAUAUUGACGGAACCGACGACAACUUUGGCAAACAUGACCCACAACAAACCGGUAAUGCUAUUGGCGAAGACGAUGCAGCAUUUUCUAUACUCCCCUCUCAUUGUUCUUCAAGAGAAAACUCCCCGGGUCCAACGCCUAGAGGUCGCAACGUAUUUUCUUCCAUUGCCCAUUUCUUGCGAAAUCUUUUUAGUAGAGGCAGUUAGUUCUUUCGAAAAGGAAACGAGAGUCCUGAGAGUGAACGAAUUCCUACGAAACCACAAAAACUACCGCUGUAAUUGUAUCUUUAUUCGUACAAAAUUGGUUAAUGAAAUCCUACCAUACCUAAAUGCUGCGGUCCCUGCAAAAAUGCAACUAUCUUUUAAAAACAAAAUUAUAGCUGUAGAAAAAGUUGUGACUGACCUAAUAUUUUUGUUAACGAUGUGCGCGUCAUCAUAUGCGCAUCAUCAUGCUUGUAUGUGCUUGGUGUCAAUCUUAACACAAUCUAAACCUUGUGUGCAACUGACUGCUAUACGACAUAAGCUUAUAAUUAAAUAGACAUCUCACUGUACGCUA